AUCGCGGCUGAAAAGGACACAUUGUGCCAAAUGUUCUUUCAUCAGAUAGAUACAUGAUAAAUAUAUUGAGAAAGUUUAACCAAGCUUUAUAAGAUAUAAUCAAAUCAUACAAUGACAACUUAGCAAAUGUAAAAUACAACAGCAAUCUUAUUAAGAACUGUAAUGAUUCGAAAUAUUUUAGCGAGACGAGAUGAGAGGACAGACGAAAAUGAGAGAUCUCGCAAAUGUAUACGCAAUGCCAAUGCCCUGACGUUUAGUCGUCUAGGGAAAAUUAAGAGGAUCAAGAUCCUUGGACAAUCGCACAUCAGGGUGAUUAUGGUCGAAAGACCGUCGUAGUAGUACGGCUGCGCACGGUAAAACAUGAAUGACAGCGAGAUCUAUCUAUUGAACUGGGAAGAAGAGGUACACGCAUUAAACAACGAUCUUGAUAGAAGCUUUUAUAACGCGAACUAUCCGUCGUUUAAUCACACCUAUGAAGAUCUCUGGGAACUCGCUACGGAUCGAAUCGGUCUCGCGAUCGUUUUAUUGCUCUUCUCCGUAGCUACCGUUUUCGGCAACUCGUUAGUGAUUCUCGCGGUAUUCCGAGAGAGGCAUCUGCAUACAGCUACAAACUAUUUUGUGACUUCAUUGGCUUGUGCCGAUUGCCUGGUAGGACUGGUAGUGAUGCCAAUUAGCGCCGUAUAUGAGGUAUUGGAAAACCGUUGGCUGUUUACGACGGACUGGUGUGAUGUUUGGCGUUCGCUUGAUGUUCUAUUCUCCACCGCGUCCAUUCUAAACCUGUGCGUUAUUAGUCUAGAUCGCUACUGGGCGAUUACCGAUCCCUUUACGUAUCCGACUCGAAUGAGUAGGAAACGCGCCGCGAUCCUAAUCGCUAUCGUAUGGAUUUGUUCGAGUGCAAUCUCUUUUCCUGCGAUAGCGUGGUGGCGUGCCGUUCGUACUGAGCAAGUGCCCGAAGACAAGUGUCCCUUCACGGAGAAUCUCGGUUACCUGAUAUUCUCAUCGACAAUCAGUUUUUACCUACCGCUAUUCGUGAUGGUAUUCACGUAUUACAGAAUCUAUCGCGCCGCCGUGAUACAGACGAGGAGUCUAAAACUCGGUACAAAGCAGGUAAUGAUGGCCUCGGGCGAGCUCGAACUCACGUUGAGGAUACAUCGAGGCGGUACAACUACUAACACCGACGCUAGGCAUCUUUUUCGCACCGCCUCGAGCACACCCGAAGAUCUGCAAGAUCUCGAGGAACCAUUAACAGCUCUUCACAACAAUGGUCUCACUAGAGUGCCCUCCGCGAGAAUCAACAAUAAACAACACCUAGGAAAAAAUUUCUCUCUCUCGCGUAAACUCGCCAAGUUCGCCAAGGAGAAAAAGGCGGCAAAGACCCUUGGUAUCGUUAUGGGUGUAUUUAUUAUUUGCUGGCUACCGUUCUUCGUUGUGAAUCUAUGGUCGGGAUUCUGCACGAGAUGCAUAUGGCAAGAAGAAAUCGUAUCUGCAGCCGUCACUUGGCUCGGCUGGAUUAACAGCGGAAUGAACCCCGUGAUAUACGCUUGCUGGAGCAGAGAUUUUCGUAGAGCUUUCGUAAGAAUUCUGUGUUAUUGUUGUCCCAGAAAAAUGAAACGACGAUAUCAGCCAGCAUUUAGAUGUAAACCAAGUCAGUAUAUCUCCGGAAUGGCAACGGGAGGACAAGCGAGUAAUGUGAGCUAUAGUAGCGUCAGUCAGAGCAGCGACGGUGGCAUAUGCGUGCCCGGAAGUGGUCUCCCUAGCAGCGGUAUGUGACGACACACAACGGCCCGAACGGGGCCACGUCGAGAACGAGCGAUUCGAUUCCGUGAUGCGUGAGUAAAUCAAACGUGAUCCGAAAAAUUAAUUUUCAAAGAAACUGAAAGACAUCGUUUCGUGCGACUUGAACUCAUCGCGCCUGAAAAAUAUCAAGAGAAAUCAUCUCGAAUACUCAGUGCUCCAAUAUACUCCAAGACUAGGAUUUAUCACCAAGACG